AUGGUGUGGGGUAUCUUCAAAGCUAUUGUGAGGCCUUUCUACAAUGUCGCUGUGACAGUUGCAAACGGAAUCGGUUCAAUUUUCUCGAGCCCACCUCCACCUGUUACAACUACAACCGAAGCGUCGACAACCACAUUGACGACUCCAUUGACUAAAGCGCCUUCAACACUUCCGCCAACUACAACUCUUCCAACUACUACCGAUAUGAAUGAUUCGACUGUCAUUAUUAUUCUGGUUAUACUUGUGCUCAUUAUCGUGGCCAGUGGUUGUGGAAUAUUCUUCUUCAUUCGCUCAAGAAAAAAUAAGCAGACAGUAGCAGCAAAUGGAACGCCAAUGCAAGUUGGAUCGUUUGAUGCGGAGAGUGGAUCAACGUCAGGAACAACUGGAACUUCUGGAACAUCUGGGACAAGUGGAACACGAGGAACAACUGGAACAACUGGAACUAAAGGAAAAAAGAAAAAGAAGAAGGGAAAGAAGACUUCUUCAGGUACUUCUUCGCCAUCAACUAAUUGA